AUGUUACCUUUGUUUGUUUGUCUGGAAAAAAAAAAAAAAAAAACACUGGCUGAUUCCUCUUAUUGACCUCCCUCAAUUUGUCAAUCAAAUCAACUUAUGGGUCUUUAUAAAUGUCCACAUUUGAUGCUUACUCUUACAGUAGCAAUUACAAUUACCUAAUGGUGUUACUGUUAGCCCAAGAUUCUUGAACAAACAAAGAAAAGAAAAGAAGACAAAAUGGAAGUGAAAGCAAGAGCUCCAGGGAAAAUCAUUCUUUCUGGUGAACAUGCAGUUGUUCAUGGAUCCACUGCUGUUGCUGCAUCCAUUGGUCUAUGCACCUAUGUUUCCCUUCAAGUCCCCCCUUCUAAUGAGAAUGAUGAUAGACUGACACUCCAGCUCAAGGAUAUGGCUUUAGAAUUUUCGUGGCCAAUUGGAAGAAUCAAAGAAGCACUAUCUAGCUUAGGAGGUCCUUUCCCAUCAACUCCCACGUCCUGCUCAGCAGAAUCAUUCAAGUUAAUUUUAGCUUUGAUAGAAGAGCAAAAUAUUCUGGAGGAAAAAAUAUCUCUUGCUUCUGGAGUGUCUGCUUUUCUGUGGCUAUACACAUCAAUCCUAGGAAUUAAACCCGCUACUGUAGUUGUCACUUCUGACCUUCCACUGGGUUCCGGCCUAGGUUCAUCUGCCGCACUCUGUGUUGCAUUCUCUGCAGCUCUUCUUGCUUGCUCAGACACUGUGAACAUAGACAUGAAACAAGAAGGAUGGUUAGUGUUUGGGGAGUCUGAGCUUGAAUUAUUGAACAAAUGGGCUUUUGAAGGUGAAAAGAUAAUUCAUGGAAAGCCAUCUGGGAUUGACAACACUGUUAGCACAUAUGGCAACAUGAUCAAGUUCAGGUCAGGUAAUCUAACACGCAUCAAGUCCAGCAUGCCACUCAAAAUGCUCAUUACUAACACAAAAGUUGGGAGGAACACAAAAGCAUUGGUUGCUGGAGUUUCAGAGAGAACGUUAAGAAACCCUGAUGCCAUGAGUUCUGUUUUUAAUGCUGUUGAUUCCAUCAGUAAGGAAUUGGCUAAUGUCAUCCAGACACCUGCUUCAGAUGAUCUGUCCAUAACUGCAAAGGAAGAGAAGCUAGAAGAGUUAAUGGAAAUGAAUCAUGGUUUGCUCCAAUGCAUGGGGGUAAGCCAUGCUUCUAUAGAAACUGUUCUUCGAACCACAUUGAAAUACAAGUUAGCUUCUAAGUUGACUGGAGCUGGGGGUGGUGGCUGCGUGCUGACACUGUUGCCGACCUUACUGUCAGGAACGAUUGUAGAUAAAGUAAUUGCUGAGCUAGAGUCUUGCGGAUUCCAAUGUUUGAUUGCUGGAAUUGGUGGGAACGGUGCUGAGAUUUGCUUUAGUGCUUCUUCCUGAUUAUAGAAAGGAAGGGAAAUAAAUUUGAGUAAGAUCUGAUCUCUAAUGUCAAUUGUCAAAUAACAGCUUAAAAAUGUAUGUUUUGCUAUUCAAACUCUUCAUCUAUGUCUGCUAUACAUUAGUUUGUUGUUGUAUCUUUUUCCCCUUGUUUGAGUUAGUCCAAACUUCUUUGAUGUUUUGGGAUUAUUCAUCUUCAUUCCUGCUAAUGUUUGUGGCCAGUAAAGAAACUUUGCAAAAAAAUUGAUUUCUUUGUGAAUGUUUUUCUUCUUUGCUACACCAAGCUACUGUAAACCUUGAUAAUAGUCAUCAUUGAUGAGUGAAUUUGCUCGUUAUUGGGAAAGAUUCAGAAAAUAAUAGUAGCUGAUCCUUCAUGCAUAGAUAUUAACUUGGUAUCUGCAUGCUUCACGGAGCAUUAUGGACUUAUGUCGUGUUGACCUGUCAAAUUGAUUUGUGAUGAAAGCACAGCCAUUUCUUUCCGAAAAUUUCAAGUGAUGUUUUUCAAAAGAUUUGUGACGGCAUAGUAAUUCAUAAGUGCUUUGAUAAACCGUUCUUGGUGCCAUCUCUUGAUAAAAUUGAAUCCAUUAACUGUUGCUUAGGUUAACAGUACCCUGGCAAACGCAGCAUUUUUACUGUGUCACCAUCCAUAUUUAUGGCUGCCAAGGAUUAGGCUUGCUCUUAUGAGAGAAUGAAUGCUAGCAAUUAGAAAUGUUUAGUUCCGGGAAUAAUUAUCUAAUCAAAUGGAAACUGCCAUUAGCAUCUGGAUCAUAUAACUAGCUAGGAACAUCCCUGAAAAUGUUUGCACUUCUCGCAUGAGUGAAAAUGUUACCCAGGUCGAUCCCAUAUUUGGGAAACCUCAGCAAUUCAUUUAAGAGAGACGAAUGUGAGAAAGCUUGCGUGUUUUGGAAACUCACCUUUUUAGGUUUCGACGACUAAGCUAAAAUGUGCACUCACUCCACAUAUUUUAGUAAUGCCAAGAACAAGAAUGCAUUGGUCUGUAAAUUAAAUAAUGUAUUCAUUAGCAGGUAAAGACUUCUGUCACUUCUCCAUGCCCAUGAAAAAUACCCCAUUCAAGACUGUUAGCAAGGUGAACACUCCACAAGCAUCCACCCCACACGAUAAAUGGUGAACAGAACUACCAAACCCUUUAAAUGAUGGACAAGUGAAACUAGGCAAGGCCAGGAAAAUGGAUUUUAUAAUUCUUCGAGUUCAGAGCCUUUCAACUAUGAGGAAGACGAUUUUCUUCAAGGUCUGAACAGCCACAGGCUCUCUUUAACCUUGCCAGCCCUGGCCAAGAACAAGAAUGCAGGUUGCCUCGCUGAUAAAAUUGCUGACAAGCUAGAGGACCAACCUUGCACUGCAGCAAGUGCAGCAAGCCCUGUCCAAAUAGAAAGCUACCCUGACCUACUAUCAGAGUGUGGCAUUGAUGUUAAUCACACUACUGAAGGUGUUGUAUUGCCUGCUUGCGGACCCCAUUUGGUCCCAACUUUAUUGCUAACAAAUUAUACACGAACCACGUAUUCAAAAUACAUCAAUGAUUACUGGGGCAGGACUAGGUCACGAGGAUGAUUGGAUGGUGGUGGUCUUAACCACAAGCACCCCAGGAGGGGACUUUGCUGGGGCUAUUAGCUUGGUUUCCAAGGUUGGUUUUGGCCAUUCCUUGGUGACCUUGUUGCUAGGAGUUCUUGUUUAUCGAGUGUAUUAAAAUUUGGUGAUAACUUUGGCCGGCACUCUUGUGUUGUUUCCUUAGUUGGCAUUGUAUGUGUUGUGUUGUUGUAGAUCAAGAAAUUUAGCAGGCUUAGUUCUUAUCCUCCUAACAUUCUGAUGUUGUAACAGACAUUUAGAAGGUCAUCCAAGGUUGUUCCUCAGUCAAUCUGUAGUUCCUUGAUCAAAAUUUUCUUGUGAAAUGCAUUGAUAUGUGAAUGAUUUCGACUA